UGACACAAUUCAUUAAUUAAUCAAUCUAGGAGUAAUGAAUUCUAAAGCGAUAGACUACUCUCGUGCUGAAAUCUUGAAGCUGUCCUAUUCAGACGCACUAGCCCUGAAAGGGCUUCUCCGUGAGAAGCGUUCGCCUGAAAUCACCCAUUCUGAUUUCACCCGAGUGCCUCGUCAAGGUUUUUUCAAUCAGUUUCCACUGUUCUGAUCUUCUUCUGAGAAUUCAGAGAGGGUCAGUCAAGCAAAAGCCAAAGAGAGCAUGUUAUCAGUGGUAGCUAGAAGAAUUAAUCGGUUAAGUCGCAUUGAGCUUGAUAACAUGAAAUCUGGAAAAGCAAGAAUUGAUAAAGAGAGAAAUAAACUUCUCUACAUGAAGUCUCAAUCAAUAGAAGAAAAUAAAGAACUUGACCUAAUGAAGUCUCAAAACUUUGGCGUAAGGCAACAAGAAAAUAAUAAGUUUAAAGAUAACAGAAAAUCAUCUUGAUUAGAAGGACUUUCUUUCCAAGAAGAACAGAUGAAACUAGAAGAAGAUAGAAGAAAACUUGACGCAUUUGAAGCUUCGCUAAAGAAAAGAGAGGAGACGCUACAAUGUGAUGAAGGCUUAUUGAAGGAAGAAAAAGAAACUCUCCAAAAAGAAAGAGGAGACCAAUCUAAAGAAAAGAAAGCCAAGACUAAGCUCGAGCAAGAGAGAGAAAAGAUUAGUGACGAGAAAUGGGAAGUUGAAGGCCUGAUGUGGAAACUUGACCGACAAAAGAACGAUUUAAAAUAUGAGCGGAAAAUCUUUGAACAGAAUAUGAAAGGAGUUGAAAGAAUGAAGAAAGAUUGCUUAGAAGAAAAAUUAAAAGCUGAAGAAGAAGUAAAACAAGCGAAAAAGCUCAAAGAUGAAGCUGAGAGAUUGAGAAAGGAUGCAGCAAAGGACAAGAGACUUGCUACACAAGAGAGAUAUGAAGCAGAAAGAUCAAAGGAGAUAGUAGAGGAAGAAAAUGAGAAAGUUCUGAGAAAGAUUCAAGAGGCUAAAAAUGAAGCUUUUCAAGAAGGAAAGAAGAGCGUGCUAGAUGAAUACCAAAAGAUUUUAAAAGGAGAGUUCAAUAGAGGUAUAGCUGAAGGUCAGGGAAAGCUUUUAUCAAGAGAUUCUUUUUCGCAAACAUCUAUUACUCAAACAAUUGGAGAAGCCUAUAAUAGAGGAAUAAAUGAAUCACAAGCUCUGCUAGGCUCUAAAAAUACUCAAAUAAUAAAUUUAGAGAAACAAAUUAAGGAGAAUAUUCAAAAAUCAAAUAUCAUAGAAAGAAAUAGGAUUACAAGAAUAAGGGAACUUGAAAAGAUCAUAUCAAACCACAACAUAAAUGCUUAAUAAAUGGAAAAACUGCCUCUGAACAACUAAUAAUUAAGUAAAAAUCCAUUUAUCGGGAAAUUAAUUAUCUAGUCCUCACUCAAUUAAUUACAAAAAUACGCACAAUCUGGUCCUA